AUGCUGUGGCCUACCAGUAAUCCUCCAUUAUCAGAAUUAUCAAAUUACAUGUCAGCGUACUAUGGUCUGAUUACUGAUUGUUAUCGCAAGGGCGGCAAAAGAGGUGGUAGGAACGGGAGUUUUGGGAUUUAUCCAAUAAGCUGGGGUAAGCGGCCUGUAUCUUUAUCUGCAUCGGACUCAGGCACACCAGGUACAUCAGGUAGGCCUAGCACUUCAUUUAAAGAAGGAAGAUUACUAAAAUCAGGUGCAAUUGAAGCAUCACAUGUCGUGAGGGAUGUAACCACGAAAUCACCAUCACAAGCGAUAAAGUUCAUAUCGGCUAUGAAGGUAUCUGAAGUGGCAUUGUCGUCUAUUCUGGAAUUUAAAUUAACUGUAGCGGCAUAUUUAAAUCAAAGAAAACUUGCGAUACCGCACAAUGCCCCGAUAUAUCCAUCGUAUCACAAAGUUUUAGACGCCAAAAAGAGAUGUUACCCUUCAGGAAUAGGAGUAACCGAGACCAGUGCAGAGGUGAAAUUACAAGAACUUUUAGACCAUACGUCUGACAGAAUUUUACUAGCACAAGAGGAAAUAAUUGACUCGUUAGAUAAGGAAAAUGUUGCUAAACUUACAUUAAUUGUAAAAUGGGGUUGCGAGGGAAGUUCGGGAUAA